AUGGCGAGAGCACACCACCUAGCGCUGGUCAGCUUCGUAGCUGCCCUCGCUGCCUCAACUAUUGGUGCGACGUCCAAGUCGUUCACCAUCACCAACAACUGCGAGCACACGGUCUGGCCAGGAAUCCUCUCGAGCGCUGGCUCCGCGGAGAUGGACACCACAGGCUUCGCGCUGGCUCCGGGGGAAUCGCGCGCCAUGAGCGUGCCGUCGGGGUGGUCGGGCCGCCUGUGGGGCCGCACGCUCUGCUCCACCUCCACCGACGGCGCGUUCAGCUGCGUGACCGGCGACUGCGGCUCGGGCAAGCAGGACUGCGCCGGUAGCGGGGCCGCCCCGCCGGCCACGCUUGCCGAGUUCACCAUGGACGGCAGCGGGGGCAUGGAUUUCUACGACGUCAGCCUGGUCGACGGGUACAACCUGCCGAUGCUGGUGGCGCCGCAGGGCGCCGCUGCUGCCGCGGGGGGCAGCUGCGUGCCAACUGGAUGUAUGGUGGACCUCAACGGCGCGUGCCCCGCCGACCUGCGCGUGGCGUCGACGACGGCGUCGUCGUCCUCCGGUGGCGGCGGCGUGGCCUGCAAGAGCGCGUGCGAGGCGUUCGGGUCGGCGCAGUACUGCUGCAACGGCGAGUACGGGAACCCCAGCACGUGCAAGCCGUCGGCGUACUCGCAGUUCUUCAAGAACGCGUGCCCCCGGGCGUACAGCUACGCGUACGACGACGCCACCUCCACCUUCACCUGCGCCGGCGGCGACACCACGUACGCCAUCACCUUCUGCCCCAGCACAACCAGCGUCAAAGCGGCCGGGGCGCAAGGAGGCCUGCCGCUGAUGAACGCCACCAUGGUGUACCUCGGCGGCGACCAGCUCGGAUCCGCCACAGCCGCGGCACGGCUGCCGUCCGGCCACCACGAGGUCCUCAUCGCCGUCGUGUCCCUUGCGCUAGCAGGUGCUCUGUACUAA